GUAUGGCAUCGGAGAUCUCUCAGCGCUGGCGGGCGACACCCAUAAGUUUGAGAGUCGCUACCUCGAUGGCUUGGUGGGCCCCUACCCGGAGAAGAAGGACGUCUACGAGGAGCGUGCGCCCAUCCGGCACACCGAUCAGCUCUCUUGCCCCAUUCUUCUGCUGCAGGGUGCUGAGGACAAGAUCGUGCCACCCAACCAGGCAGAGCUGAUGUACGACGCGGUGAAAGCCAAGGGCCUCCCCUGUGCCCUGAAGAUCUACGAGGGGGAACAGCAUGGCUUCCGAAGGAGCGAAAACAUCGAGAACGCGCUGAACUCUGAGCUC